ACUGGGAAUUGAUGUGGUGUUAUUCAUAUGAGGGGGACUGGGCCAGAGCGUACCACUAUGCAAGUGUUCUUUUGAAGGAAAGCCGCUGGUCAUGGACUUCCUACAUGUAUCUUAAGGCUUGCUUCAGAGUUAUGGCGAGAAUUAGAAACCUGGAGCUUGCUAAAGAAGACGAUCAAAGUGAAAAGGACACCGAAGAGUAUCUUUUCAGGCGACUUCCGGAAUACAAGCAGCGCAUCGCUGGAAAGUCCGUUCCAUUUAAGAAAUUUUCCAUUCACAAAGCUAACAAGUAUCUGGAACAAGGCAAUCAUCUAUUCCUUCCUGGGAUGGAACUUAUAUUGCUAUGGAAUGGGUUCAAGGUUCUUCAUCGCAGGCCAGACUUAGUGAGGCCAAUGUUGAAACUUGUCCAAACGUCACUGGUAGAGUUAGAAGAAACUAAAGGUAAACUAUAAGUAGAAACAGUUACUUAUGAUUAUAGCUUGAAAGAAACCAACUUUCACGUUUGCCUCAGCUUUGCGAGAGGUUUCCAGGUCGCGCAGUCACUCAAGUGUAAACAAAAAGGGGUAGAGUGGCCGAGUGGCCUGGGCGCUGGUCUUGUAA